AUGACUGUUCACACUGAGCCCCUCGUUGAUCACGAGGAGGCCUACGACUCCGACGACUGCGUGGACAUAGACGGCUUCACCCCUUCCCUACCUACCCUGACAACCCGCUUACCUGAGUCUGAUGCUCGCAGCGUCAGCGACGUUGGAUCGAACAUCUCCGGCGACACCAUCAGUGAACACGCCAGUGAUGCCGAGUAUGAUGAGAUCAACUACGACGAGAUUCCCGCUCUCGCUGUUCGUGCUCGCUAUCAGGAGACCGAACCUUCCGCAGAAGAGAUGGAGCAUGUCACGAUGAGUGAUAGAACCAUCAUUCCCGACACCCCUACCAUGGCUCAGCGCAUGCCUCACAUCACUUCCGAGCCCGCCAUCAAGCCAAACACCACACCUGAGCACGCCCGUGUCGUUGGCUUGUCCCUCGCUGAGAAGCCUUAUCAGUUGCCUGACCGCCCUCUACGUUUGGUGUACUUGGGUGAUACUACUCACAGCAACAUGGACGUUGUCAACCUCAUGGCCAAGUUCUAUGGCGCCAUGACUGGCAACUCAGCUGAUGAGGAAGCCAUGUUGGACGCAGCAUCCUGCGCCCCGUCUGAUGAGGCCAUCUUGCACUCUCUAUCUGACCUUCCCUCGCCUGUUCAGAUCGACCGCGCCAGCACAUUCGAUGUUACCCCUGGCGUCGGACCUGCUAUCGAGAAGUCUGACGGGUCGAAGUCUAGAUUUAACAUCUCGAGACCUGACUUGGUUGUUCUUCAUCGCGCCAACUACGACAAUGCCUGGGUCAUCUUCGCCAAGAUGGUGGCUGACCAAAAGAUACCUAUGGUGGAGGUCCAAGAUGAGUCAUUCGACAUCUCUUUCGGUGAUACCGACCUGGCAUGUGUCAUUCCACAAACUGCUCAAGGCGAGCACUGUCUCCGUCUUUCCCUGGCUGCUGAAGAAGACGAAAAGGUCAUGAUCAAGGAGGUGCCCUUGUCAGAGAGCGCUUUCCAUGCUUUUGAAUAUGAGAUCUUGAGUCGUCACCUUGCCUACCUCACUGAUAUGGCCAAGGAGCUCGAUGCGCCUAAGAUGGACGAGUCCCUUGUUCAGUCCACCAAGCUGUCUGAACCAUACAAAUUGAUGUCCCUCCUCAAUUCUCUGGUCAUCAAGAAAGCAGCCCAGAGCCUCUUCGCACUGCUCGUGCUUCUCUUCGCGGCCAGCUUGCCUGUUUACUUCCUUCAACAGCAGAGCCCUGCCUCAGAGUUGGCUCACCGCACAUCUAUGCUCCAAGCCGCUCUGAACAGCUCCGGACUUGCCAACGUUAACGCAAGCGAUGUUCUCCACUAUCCAGUCACUGCAAGCAUCAUCGGCAACUCUAAGACUACUGCUCUUGCCUUCCCCACAACUGUUCACGUCCACGUCGCCAAGUCGGAUCAGCUCCUCGUUUCCCUUCCCAAGGCUUACUGGAAAUCUGCCCAGAUUGGUGUUUUCAAGAACGGCAAAACUCUGGCCAACGUCAACAACACCCGGGUCGUUGAUGGAGUACUGGCCAUCUCGCUGCCUUCCACUGAUGCUUAUGGUCAGGUUCAGAUCAGCGUGCUCUCAACCCACCUGCCUCUACGUAAUGAGACAGUCAAGGUUGAUCUUGGCAAUCGUCUCCUUCAGCGUGCCACCUACGAGAAUGCCGCGAAGGGCGUUCAGCAGGAUGUUACUGUAGUUCACAAUGCGGCUAAGCUUGCCCAAGCCAAGGUCUUCUCUGAUGUUCACUCCGUCUUCAACACGUCGGUCUACUGCGUCAGGUCUCUUGGAAGCAACCUCCUCGGAGGUGUAAAGUCCACAGGCGAUGCUAUCAGUGCCGCAUCGAAUCACACGUCUCAUAGCUUGUCCUAUGUUGGUGGUCUUGCCUACAACAAGACUUCAGAUCUCGGUGCUUUCGUCAAGAGCGCCAUCCCUCAGAGACGCCACUUCAUUAGAGCUCGCAACAAUGCUCUCAAGAUCAGAACAAGGCUUCUUCGUAAGUCUACCACUGCCAAGCAUAACAUCAUCAAGCCCAAGCCGGGACUUUCUCAAAGUUUGGCAUCCAUGAAGAUGAGAUUUGCAGAGCUUCAGAAGAAGUUUUCUAGCUUCAACGCUCUCAAGAGAUCCACCUCUGUUGAGAAACGCAGCAAGGCCAUCCAGACAGCCAGCAAGGUGAAGUUGUCUGUCAAGACUGUUGUUGAGCCGAAGAUCAAGAAGGCUCCUUCAUCGACAACUGACGCAGUCAAGAUUGCCAAGCGCCGCAAGCAGUGCAAGAAUACUGACAAGAAGCUCAAGUCAUGUGUUUAA